AUGUGGCUCACAGCACUGGUAGAGGCGGUUGAGGCGGGCGAUGUCGUUGGCGCUCAUCUGUGUGGCCUGACCGAACGCCACGUUGGGGUUUGGGAUGGGCUCCAUGGUCGGACGGUUGUUCUUGGAGAAGGCGUAUCUGCAACACAGGCUCAGGUCACCCCCAUCCUCACCCCAUCCUCACCCCCAUCCUCACCCCCAUCCUCACCCCCAUCCUCACCCCCAUCCUCACCUCAUCCUCACCCUCAUCUUCACUUUACACUCAUCCUCACCCUCAUCUUCACUUUACACUCAUCCUCACCCUCAUCUUCACCUCAUCCUCACCCCAUCCUCACCCUCAUCCUCACCCCCAUCCUCACCCUCAUCCUCACCCCCAUCCUCAUCCUCAUCUUCACCCCAUCCUCACCCUCAUCCUCACCUCAUCCUCACCUCAUCCUCACCUCAUCCUCACCCUCAUCCUCACCCUCAUCCUCACCUCAUCCCACCUCAUCCUCACCUCAUCCUCACCCUCACCCCAUCCUCACCCCCAUCCUCACCUCAUCCUCACCCCCAUCCUCACCUCAUCCUCACCCCAUCCUCACUUUACACUCAUCCUCACCCUCAUCCUCACCCUCAUCCUCACCCCAUCCUCACUUUACACUCAUCCUCACCCUCAUUCUCACCCCCAUCCUCACCUCAUCCUCACUUUACACUCACCCUCACCCCAUCCUCACCCCCAUCCUCACCCCCAUCCUCACCCCCAUCCUCACCCCCAUCCUCACCUCAUCCUCACCUCAUCCUCACCCUCAUCCUCACCUCAUCCUCACCCUUACCUUCAUCCUGAUCCUCACCUCAUCCUCACCUCAUCUUCACCCCGUCCUCUCCCCCAUCCUCACCAACUCCCCCAUCUCCACCCUCACCCCGACCCCCUCUCUUCUCACCCCACCCUCAUCCUCAUCAUCACACCAUCUUCAUCCUGACCCUCAUCCAUCCCCAUCUUUGUCCUCACCCUCAUCCUCACCUCAUCCUCACCUCAUCCUCACCUCAUCCUCACCCUCAUCCUCACCCUCAUCCUCACCUCAUCCUCACCUCAUCCUCACCUCAUCCUCACCCUCACCCCAUCCUCACCCCCAUCCUCACCUCAUCCUCACCCCCAUCCUCACCUCAUCCUCACCCCAUCCUCACUUUACACUCAUCCUCACCCUCAUCCUCACCUCAUCCUCACCCCAUCCUCACUUUACACUCAUCCUCACCCUCAUUCUCACCCCCAUCCUCACCUCAUCCUCACUUUACACUCACCCUCACCCCAUCCUCACCCCCAUCCUCACCCCCAUCCUCACCCCCAUCCUCACCCCCAUCCUCACCUCAUCCUCACCUCAUCCUCACCCUCAUCCUCACCUCAUCCUCACCCUUACCUUCAUCCUGAUCCUCACCUCAUCCUCACCUCAUCUUCACCCCGUCCUCUCCCCCAUCCUCACCAACUCCCCCAUCUCCACCCUCACCCCGACCCCCUCUCUUCUCACCCCACCCUCAUCCUCAUCAUCACACCAUCUUCAUCCUGACCCUCAUCCAUCCCCAUCUUUGUCCUCUCCCCCAUCCUCACCGACCCAUCUUCACUCUCAACCCGACCCCAUCCUCACCCUAUCUUUACCCUCAUCCUCACCUCCUCUCUGA